ACACACUUCACUGCACCAGUGUGAGACAUAUGUUGAAGAGCCCAAGAUACACCAGCAUGGAUACAGCCAAUGCGACAAGCUUUAUAGAAUAUAACGACUCAGAUGGCAAUUACACAGACUACAACGUAACUACCGACUGCUCUGAGGAUCUGGAGAUUUUCUACAGUGUGUUCCAGCCUGCGCUUUACAUCAUGAUCUUCCUCCUGGGUGUCACAGGGAACAGCCUGAUGAUCACAGUCCUCCUGAGGCGUCGACGUCGGCUGCGCAUCUCAGAGAUCUACCUGCUGCACCUUGCUUUGGCUGACCUCAUGCUCCUGUUCACCAUUCCCUUUCAACUGGUCAGCUGCUUCACAGGAUGGAUGUUCGGAGUAUUCCUAUGCAUGCUGAAGGGGGUCUUGACAGAAAUGAACCUCUUUUGUGGGAGUCUCCUUCUAGCUUGCAUUGGGUUUGAUCGGUAUUUGGCCAUUGUUCACGCAAUCCCCAGCAUGCAAAGUCGACGUCCAGGAACGGUGCACCUAACAUGCAUUUCACUGUGGGUCCUCUGUUUGCUUCUAUCACUACCCAACGCUGUGUUUCUCUCUGUAAAUGAGACAAACACAUCCCAGCUCGACUGUUUUCAUUAUCGCUUUGAAGUUCACGCACACAACUGGGUUGUAGCCAACAGAAUUUUAAAGAAUAUGUGCUUUUUCUUCUCCUUGGUUGUCAUGAGCUUCUGCUACAGCGCACUAGCAAUAACUUUGUCUAAAAGUAAAAAAAGUCAGGCAAAGAAAGGAGCCAUUCGACUGGCUGUACUUGUCACACUUGUAUUUUGUUUGUGCUGGCUGCCAUAUAACAUCACCUCACUGAUCCGAACUAUAGUAGAAAUGGGCUAUAUGAAUUCAGAAUGCGCAUUUAACACCCUCCUGUAUCAGGUCUAUGAUGUGACUCAGACUUUGGGUAUUUCACACUGUUGCCUGAACCCACUAUUGUACGCCGUUGUUGGGGUGCAGUUUCGCAAUGAGCUGGUGCAGUUACUUUGUCAACUGGGCUGUGGCCGAAUUUGUCUUCCUUUUAUCCGAGCUGAGGGUCACAGUCGACAGUCCAUUUCUGAAGGAACCAACAGCACAAACUUCAACUAUUAAACCCUCCUGUUUACUUAAAACAACUGGAAGUGCUGCGGAUCAGCAUGGCUAUGUCAGAGUUGACUGCUUUUUAAUGGCGUUAUUUACCAAGUGAAGAAAAAUACUUGUGCCCAAAUCUAUUAUCUAUUCUAUAAUCUAUUCGAUCUAUUAUCUGCUUGUAAAUACUGCUGACUGUAUUCAAUAA